GAGACAGAAAAAAAAAAAGGGUUCAUCAAUUGGAUGGAGGAAAAUCUACCUCCUGGAUUCAGGUUUCAUCCUACAGAUGAAGAGCUCAUCACAUGCUAUCUUACAAGAAAAGUGUCUGAUUCUACCUUCACAUCAAAAGCUAUAGCCGUUGUUGAUCUCAAUAAGUCUGAACCUUGGGACCUCCCAGGUAAAGCUUUCAUGGGGGAGAAAGAAUGGUAUUUCUUUAGCUUAAGAGACCGAAAGUAUCCAACAGGACUUCGAACAAACCGAGCCACUGAAUCAGGCUACUGGAAAACCACAGGGAAAGACAAGGAAAUUUUUGGUGCUGGGGUUUUGGUAGGAAUGAAGAAAACCCUAGUCUUUUAUAGGGGUAGAGCUCCAAGGGGCGAGAAAAGCAAUUGGGUCAUGCACGAAUAUAGACUAGAAAACAAGCAUCACUUUCGACCUUCAAAGGACGAAUGGGUGGUUUGCAGGGUUUUCCAAAAGAGCUUGGCAGCAAAAAAGCCACAACAAACAUCUUCCUCCCAACCAGAGUCUCCUUGUGACACAGCAUCAAUGGUGAAUGAAUUUGGUGAUGUUGACAUUCCCAAUCUAAACAACAUUGCAAAUUCAUCAACUGUACUCCCUAACAUUUCAGGACAAACUUUCAACACUAACCUCAAUAACAAUAUUAAUCAUAAUGUUAACACAAAUAUGAACUUGACCAUGAAUUGGCCAUGUUCAAGUGAGGUUCCCUCUCUUCCAUCUCUCCCAUGGCCUUCUGAGUUGCUAAAUCCAAAUAAUAUUUCUGUAAAUUCUUUGCUUCUCAAAGCAUUACAACUUAGGAGUUAUCAACAAAGAGAAGCAGCAGCAGCAGCAGUCACUGAUCAUUUUGCAUCAUAUAUGCCUCAUGGAGUUUCCCAUGUUGGAAAUGACUUAAGUUCAAAUCUCACUGCUUCUUCUUCAAAAGUUUUAGAAUGUAUGCCACAACACCAACACCAACACCAACACCAACACCAGCAGCAACAGCAGGAGCAACCAUUCAAUUUGGACUCCAUUUGGUGA